UUGUUCAUUUUGAUUUAAAAAAAAAAAAAAAGUUGUGAUUUUCCGCCAUCUUGUGGCAUCUCUUGGAGAUUACAUAGCAUGCUGCCAAAGAAAAUCUCACAAAAAAAGAGGAUACAAAGGUUAGUUUCCAUCAGCCCUGACGGUCCUCGUGACAUUCCCUAAAGGUUAAACAUUUGUCCAACCCGGCAAUUAUUUAUCGACUGGCGACCAAUCCAAGGUGCCCUCGCUUCCUAGCCAAAGUCACGUCGCAGAGGCUCGAGCAGUUCUCAACGCCACAGGCGAUCAAAUCCUAAAUAUUGCCCGAUUGCACGUCCACGUGUUUUACUUUUUUAGAAAUCUCUCCUAUUUCCGGUUCCGUGCGCUCACCGCCCCUACCUCGAAAUCGCAAACGCCGGAGUCGAAUACGCGUCGAGCCGGUCUGACUUGACAGCAAACAUGACUCUCAGCGGCAUGGAAUGGCUCCAGAAAUGGAUCUACGACGCGUUCCUGGCCAUCUGUUUCGCCGUCUACCGCUUCGUGUACGAAAGACCCACCGAGAAUAAGAGAAGAAGGAUCCCGCCGGUCGGCAACCCGCUCCUGGGGGUUUCGGCGACCCAACUCGCCGGGAGGAUCCGGCGACGAGAGGUUUCCAGUGUGGAAGUGACGCAGGCUUACAUCGACCGAAUCCAGCAAGUCAACCCUUUGGUCAAUGCGGUGGUGAAAGACAGGUUUUCCGCCGCACUCCAAGAAGCGGCCCAGGUCGAUAAGCUGAUCGACGAGGAACCGGGCGGCGAGGAGGUGCUGGCGGAUCGGCUGCCUUUCCUCGGCGUCCCUCUCUCGGUCAAAGAGUCCUUCGGUGUCCAGGGCAUGCCGCACACUUCCGGCAUCGUGUCCAGGCGAGGGGUCGUGGCGUCGGCCGACGCGCCGCCCGUGGCCCUGCUCAAGAGGGCCGGCGCCAUCCCACUGGACGUCACCAACACCAGCGAGGGCUGCAUGUGGGCCGAGUCGCACAAUCACCUCUACGGCGUCACCAGCAACCCGUACGACCUGGAGAGGAUGCCGGGAGGGAGCUCGGGCGGCGAGGGCAGCUUGCUGGCCGCGGCAGGCGCCGUGAUCGGCCUGGGCUCGGACAUCGGCGGCAGCAUCCGCAUGCCGUGCUUCUUCAACGGCGUAUUCGGCCAUAAGACCAGCGCGGGCGUGGUGUCCAACGAGAACCAGUACCCCCCGUGCACGGGCAGACACGACGAGUACAACAGCACGGGACCCAUGUGCCGCUACGCGGAGGACCUGCUGCCCAUGCUGAAAAUCAUGGCGGGACCCAACGCGCACAUGUUGUCCCUGAACGAGAAAGUGGAGCUCAAGAAGCUCCGCUUCUUCACCGUCCCAGACGACGGCGGUUCUCCUCUGACGUCUCCGGUCAGCGAAGAACUCAGACAAAUCCAGAGGAAGGUGGUGGAGCGCCUGGAAGCGGAUCUCGGGGUGUCGAUCCAAGAGGUGCGCUUCCCCGAGCUUCGCUACAGCUUCCGGAUCUGGGACGCCUUCAUGGGUCUCCCGGACAAAGAGGGCAAGCCUCCGGUUCCGUUCGCCGCGGAGCUGGGAGAGCCCGGCCGGCCCGUGUGGCCCGUGUGGGAGGCGCUGAAAAGCAUGCUGGGAAAAUCUGACCACACCGUCGCUGCCAUUAGUCUCGCCCUUUUGGAGAAGAGGCCAGCGUCCGCAUCCGCCUUCCUUGUCGGCGUGAAGGAGAAGCUCCAGAAGGACGUGGAGGAGCUCCUGGGAAGUGACGGGGUGCUUUUUUACCCGUCGCAUCCCAGGGUGGCCCCGAAGCACCACCACGCGCUUUUCCGACCGCUUGACUUUGCCUACACUGGGAUCUUCAAUAUUCUGGGUCUGCCGGUCACCCAGUGCCCUCUGGGCCUGAAUGAGGAGGGUCUGCCCUUGGGCGUGCAGGUGGUGGGCGGGAAGCUGCUGGACCGGCUGCCCCUGGCCGUGGCUCUCUACCUGGAGGGGGCCUUCGGGGGCUGGAGGGAGCCCAAAGCUAAUGUCCGCGAGAUGAGGAUGGUGUAGCGGGGGUUCGGCACCGCGCCCGGCCGUGAACUGCGGGGGGGGGGGGGGGGGGGGGAUUGUAAGCGACACCCCCCCCCCCAAUUAUUUUCUAAACAUACCUAGCUCAAGUUCAACCCGUAACUGUACUGCAAACUACAAUGUCAAAACAUUUCCACUAAUAACCCGGGCUAAACUUAGCUCGCUCACACAAAGCUAAGAUCUGUGGGUUGCAUACACUUCCUUGACACCAAUUUCAAUUCUACAGGGGAAUUAUUACCUUUUCCUCAUUUAGCGAGUUGCGUUCAAUUUGAAAAUAUAAAAUUGUUUGUAUCAUUGACUGCAUUGAUAGUU